AUGGACAAGAAAAUAACAACCGAAGAGUUCCACCGUACCAUUCAAGACGCUGUACUGCAACGAUCGACAACUUACAGUGAAUCAUAUGCCAUAUCCAUCCGUUGGCAGCUCGAUGACACACUCGCCCACCAGGACGUGGGACACUUCCAGUCCUUAUUAAACACACUUCGACUCGCCGCAGCCCGGGAGGUCAUACUAAAAGCGGGCGAUGUCACACCAGGGUGGACGGUACAGGGAGAGUUCAUCAAGGCAUUAAACGAAGCAAGGCAGACCAACGGUCGCGCCCUUGUUGUCGUCCAUUACGCCGGACACGGGUCCCAGGGGCCUGGAGGUAUCUUGCGAUUUGUUGAGUGUCCGGGUGGCAGAAGGCUGAAUGCAAUGAUGUACAUGGUGGGACAUGUCCUGCCUGGUGAAGGCUACUACCUCCAAGACGAUGACAAGGUCGAUGUUUUAUUUAUUUUCGAUUGUUGUUAUUCGUUUAUCGCUCCUCGUGCUCCUCGACCCAGCCAGCGCAUCGUGGAGGUGAUCGCUGCCACCGACGAAACCCAGCCAGAAGCUUUCUCGCCCCAGCGCAACACCAUAACAGGGAAAUUGGCGGGAGAGAUAAGGGACCGCGAACGUGCAGGCCAUCGGUACAUUGAGUUUGCUGAAGUCAUUGCGACUUUGCAAGCACGACCAGAUUCUUCCAGGUCGCCAUCCCACGGUCUUAGAACCGGUGCAAUGUCGAUUUGCCUCCCUUUUUCUGGGCUUACCGGUACGCCUGGAGACUGCCGACGCAUCCAGCCCGCAUUGAGAGUGGUUUUCGGCGUUCAUAUAGCCGAUAAUAUGACUCCGACUACCGUCAAAGAUGUCGUCCAGUGGAUUCGUACGCUACCCGCGAGUGCCAGCAUUACCCUCGAAGGAGUAUACCCGGCCGCGUCGACUUUGCUUGUGCUGUGUGGGCCAUGGUCGAUAUGGUCUAAGCUGAGCGGGAUCUUUGGAUACUCGUUUAUGGCGAAAGUAACGGGAGGGAACCAGAUGGGACCAUGGACGCCUUCUAACNCCCCCCAGUGA